AUGACGCCACAGCCGUGCAGCACAGCAGAACACCAAUGCCCCCAGCAGCAGCACGAGGGGGCCCCUUCUUCUUCGCAGGCAGCAACAGCCCUGGGAGCCUGUGGGCCCCCAACAGCCAUUCGUCUCCUCCCUCCUCUAGGGGCCCCUAUAUCUGCUGCCUUGCCCCUUGAGACCUCCUUUACUGGGGCUGCUCCCUGUGGGGCCCCCUCUUCUGGGGCCCCUGCUUCUCAGUCCCCAUCAUUUGGGGCCCCUGCGGCCUCCUUCAUUCCGCAAGCUUCGGUGGCACAGAACUCCAGGGGCCCCCUAAAUGGUGCUUCGGGUUCUACUUGUUUGGGGGCCCCUGUACGUGCUGCAGCAGCAGCUGCUGCUGCUACUGCUGCGGAGUCUUCUUUUAUGUCUUCUGCUUCAGGCUUGGGGAAUGCAGCGCAUAGCUCUUCUUCAUUUGGUGCAGAUAAUAAUACUGAGACCGUAAACCCCUCUCUACAUCUCUCAUACGCAAAUAAUGCCUCUUCGGAUGUUGUCUUUGCAUUGGAGGGACUCCGGGUGUCUCUUCCUCGCUCUGUGCUGCAGGAGGAGAGAGUGAGAGAUUCUUUCUUGGCUCGUCUUGUAGAGGCCACUGAGAGGGGGACAGAGGGGCCCUUAAGGAGCCCCCAUCAAGGGGGCCCCCAGCAAGAGGGCCCCAACGCUCACUGUCCCCAGCCUGCACACCCCCGGCGUUCUACAUGUGGGGCUAUUAAGCUACUUCCAAGAGAGGCUGAGGGGUUUGCUGCACUUAUCAGUCACCUGAAAGGAGACAGUCCCCUGCACCGUAGCGGGCCUGCCUUUGUGCUGCAGACCCUCGUCCGUCUCCUUGCAGACAGCGCUUACUGGUGUAUACCUUGCGGCCCUAUAUAUCUCCCUCUAUUCUUCUGGUGUACAGACGCCUGGGUAGAUGAGUUCCAUGGGGUAUACCCUAUACACCCCGAUGAUCGGGGGGCCCUGGGGCCCCUACCUUGGCGCGAAAGAAAGACCUCAUGCCUCAGGAGAUUGCAGCGUUUACACUCCCCCCCAGAGUGCUUGAAGCCGUACGUUGAGCAGAGCGAAGCAGCAGCAGCAGCAGCAGUAGCAGCAGCAACAGCAGCAGCAAACACAGUCCUCACAUCGGCCCUCCAAACAGGGGGGCCCCUUAGAAGACCCCAAAAGGAACACUACGCAGACGCCUUUGGGUGGCAGCAGCAAUUAAAGAAGUGGCAAGAAGAGGGGACUGGGGAGGCAUCCCCAACAUCAGAUCUAGACCCAAGGGCCCUCCUGAAGGGAGCGCAAGCAGGGGCUGCUGCAGCUGUUGCUGCUGCAGCUGCAGCGGCUGCUUCUGCUGCUGCAUCAGCGGGAUGGGGAUCCAUAGCAGGAAGAAUGAACAUCUUUUCUUCUCCCCCGAAGGUGCAGGUCAGUCCCUCUAACACCUCCGCUCCAAAGUCUCCAGCUGUACGUACACCCCAAAACGGUGGGGCUUCCUCCGCUGCAGCGCCGAGCCUUGACCUCAGUGGGCCUCGGCUGCGGCCACCUCAGCUGCAACACCUGCAGCAGCAUGGACAGCAGCAACAGCAGCAGCAGCAGCAGCAUUCUCCGGCUUCUUCUUCUUCGCAUGCGCCUGGCGGGGAUUCGGUGCAAGGCCUCCACGAGGCGUUGGGGGCCCCCCUGGGGGCCUCCCCCUGCAGCGAUGGGUACAAGGGGGCCCCCGUCAGUCCUUCGGAUUCUUCUGGCUUGGCCUCAGGUUUUAUAUCAGGGCAGACAGGGGCUAAGGGGGGACAUUCGGAGACCCCCUCCAAGGGGCCCCCCGAGGGGCCCCCUGGGGGGCCCCUGGAGGGGCGCCUAAGGGAGACGUCAGCGGAGGGUACUUGCGGUGCUGAUAUAAACGGCAUUGAGUACUUCAGCUGCCGCCCCUUUCAUCUGGCUGUGGAUAGAAGACAGGGGAAGCUGCUGCUGAGUGUUGAUGGGUGUCGUUACCCUCAUGUUCAGUUUGCUGCUGAGUUCAGCCUGAUGCCGCUGUGGGGCCCCACAGCCUUCCGGGUAGACGAGCUGCAGUGGCUGCUGCUGCUCAACUCUUCUGACUACCUGGAGAUACACCUCAGCGGUGUCCCCUGGACUUGCGUACAGUGGGAGAAAAGAACAAACAAUUUCUAUGAGCGUUGGGACUCCACCGAUGAAGAAGAUAAUGAAGAAGAAGAAGAAGUUAAAGCUAAAGAUAAAGACAAAGACAAAGAUAAAGAUAAAGAUAGAGAUAGAGAUAAAGAUAAAGAUAAAGACGAAGACAAAGAUAUAGAUAGAGGGGGAACAAAGGGGGGAGAAAAAGAAAAAGAAAAACAACAAGAUGAAGAUGAAGACGGAGACAUAAUUCUACUGAGGCUACCCGGCACCGGAGCAAGGGGGACACCAGGUACCCCCUCACUUGUUGAAGGGAGACACUCUACCUUCCCUCAGGCUGUGCAAGCAGCUCGUGCUGCUCCUGCUGCUGCAGCAGGAGCUGCAGCUGCAGCUCGUGCUGCUGCUGCUGCUGCUGCUGCUGCUAACAGCUGUCUCUCUACAACGGAGGGCGGUGGGCAGGCUGUGCUUGCGGAAGACAUUGAAGCAGCAGCUGCUGCUGCUGCUGCAUUAAGGGGGUCUUUAGAGAAUCAGCGGCAGCUGCAGCAGCAAGGGACACGCGUGCCUCCCCACCGCAUCCUUCGCUGUCGUCUGAGCCGCUGCAGCAGCUUCAUGGGGGCCUCUGCUGUUUGUGUGCAUCCAUACGGCCACGUAGUUGUCCCCUCCUGGCCCUUCACUUCUGCUGUCUCUGUCUCCCGCUCCUCUGCCUUCCAGUCUCCUCUUGUCGCUGUCUCCUCAGGCCUCUUCACUCGCAAAAUUAAACAGGUUCAGUUUUAUCCUUGGGGUUUGUUUGCAUUGUUCGCCGACUUCCCUACUUCGCGAGUGUUUACGAGUGAAGGAAGCCCCCAUGGGUUUUCAUUAGUAAUAGGGAAGGCAAUGAUAUUUGGGCAGACACCGCGAGAUAUUGCCGAGAAGAAUGUUCAGGUGUAUGUACACCAGCCGCCUCAGCCUUAUUCUGUUACUCCUAAAGCCCCCAAUCUAAGCAACAUCCACGAGACACUCAAAGUUUGUCCCUUUAUACCCCCCAAAGAGCUCCACCAAUACAAACUCCUACACAGCCUCAACAGCGACAAGGUCCCUAUGAGGGUAUACUGCCGCAUGCUGCGUUUAGCUGUCUCCGUGGGAGGGAAGCUGCUGAGUGUUAUCUCUGAAGGAGACUUUACUCUCGGUGUCUCCCGCAGCCGCUCGAAGCAGCCACAAGGGCUUGUACAUACACCUGAAAUCACCAGCCGCACAGAAGAGAUAGUCUCUUCAGGCUUUCCUAACCCCACAGGGGGCCUCUUCUCCUCUCAACUCAUUGGCUACUUUGACGUCCCCUCCGGCAAAUACUACAAAUGCCCCGUUGGCCACGGCUACUGGAUCCUAGGAGAGUGA